AUGAUAGGAAGUGACGGAGGCCGUGGAGAAGGUAGUGGGUGCACGAAAGGGGGACUGGCUCCAGAAUUGGGGUGUUGCCACAACCAAUCCCUGGGGGACACAGGGGGCUCCCUGUCCUCCAGCCUGGACUGCCAGCUCUGCCCAGGUGACCAGGUCUUCCCAGUUUGCAGGCCACUUCCAGACAGAGUGGAUGCCCAUGGCCCAUCCUGUGCCAGCUGGUUGUACCCCAUGCCACUGGCACUGGCCAGGUCUGCCCUCAUGGCCUGCCCCCAGGGCCUGGACCCAUACCUGUGCGCUCUGCAGCAGGCAUCCGUGGGCACAGACCUGCAGAGUCUCAGAGAGGACGUCCUGAGCACGAAGCACCAUGCACCAAGGCCACAUGCCGGCUCUACCAGUGACACGGUGGUCACAACCAAAUACCCUUGGAAUGGGGACAAGAUGGGAAGCCAUCCAGAAAGAGCUGGCGAGGGGGACACCUGCCCAUCCUUCUCGCCUCACAACAGCUCUUCUCCAGCCCCCUGGGAGAACAGAAAGAACUCCAGCCCCUUAGCUUUCUGCUCCUGCCCCCUACUUGCUCCCAUGUCCAAAGAGCCCCCGUUCCACCUCCAACCUUUCUAUCCCGGGUACCCACUUCUCCUGCCUCCACCUUAUGCGUUCAUCUAUGGGGCCCUACCUUCUGUUCAAUGUUUUUCCUUUUUCAUGCUGCCGCCAGCCACCUCUUACCCCACCAUAGCUGUGCCUAGCUUGCUGAUGAGUUUCAAAGAGCCUGGGCACCACAGUGCCCAGGGGGAGACCCUGAGUCCCUACCCAAGGGCCGCCCAAGCCUCUGGCCAAACCCGACUGUCUCAGGCCCAGAAUCCAGGCCCUGGAGCUCCAGGGCUGGAGAGAGCCGGCAGGGCAGCUCCAGCCCAGCAGGUCCCACUGGGCUCCCGGGUGGGCACUGCAGCACUGCCUUACCCUCUGAAGAAAGAGAAUGGCAAAAUCCUGUACCAAUGCAACGUGUGUGGCAAGAGCUUUGGACAGCUCUCCAACCUCAAGGUCCAUCUGCGUGUGCACAGUGGGGAGCGCCCUUUCCAGUGUGCCCUGUGCCAGAAGAGCUUCACCCAACUUGCCCACCUGCAGAAGCACCACCUGGUGCAUACGGGGGAGCAGCCCCACAAGUGCCCGAUGUGCCACAAGCGCUUCAGCAGCUCCAGCAACCUCAAGACCCACCUGCGCCUGCACUCAGGGUCCCGGCCCUUCCAGUGCAAUGUCUGCACGAGCCACUUCACCCAGAACAUUCACCUGAAGUUGCACCAUCAGCUGCAUGCCCCACGGCCCUGCCACCAAGCUCACACCCACCUGCCCCUGGCAUCUCUUGCCUGCCUUUCCCGAUGGCACAAGGAGGCACCAUCAGAGAGGCAGAUGGGCUGGGACUUGGAUAAGGUCAAGGUGUCCUCAGCAUCCUGGGGAAAGAAAGGGCAACCAGCCUAAGCAGUGGUGCCAGGACUGCCCAGAGGUGGGGGAAGAUGGGGGGGCAGUGGAAGAGCAACAGAGCAAUUAAAGGAUUUUCUCUAUGACAAGUUGAGGCUUUCUGAGCCUCCACAGGAGAGAAGCAAGCCAUCAUGUAUGUGCCAGACUUCACAUCCCACCUGGAAGUAGGUCAGGGGACACAGCCAGGAAGAGUCUGCUGCCUGCACACGGGGGGCGUGCCUGCAGCCAUCCACUUGCAGCUGGGUUUGGGUUCUGCUCCCUGUUUGGGACCUAUCUAGAACCCGGCCCUCUAUCUCAGCUUACCUGUGACAGACUAGCCUUUCCAGGACUCUGCCAGGUGCAGACUGUGCUGCCAAGCACAGGACAUGUUGCCCUCUUUUCUGAGCAGAUAUUGCCAUACUUGUCCAGGUGCCUGUCUGCUGCUUCCCACCACCUCCUCUCAUAGUUCCUAGGAGGCCACCUUGCCCCCUAAGCUGGUACUCCCUGCCAGCGUCAGGUGAGUUGUGCCCUCCUGUGCAAAUCUGGAUGUGAGCCCCCUGUGGGGAUUAAGGGGCAGGAACACAAGGAUGUCAGUGUCCACUCAUGGCCCAGAGCAUGAUGUCCCCGUGGGCCAGGACCAGUCACCACAGAGGGCAAAGGCCUAAGCGGGUGCUGGGCUCAGGGAAGUGUAGAGACCCUACAAGGACUACAGGCAGGAAAGAACUGGCAUAAAGUCUGGAAACAGGGACCCUCCUGAUAGCUUUCUCCGUGCAGUCUGGAAGAUCCCCUCAAAUGUGCGAGGUGUUUCGCAGUACCACUCGAGAGUUAGAGAGGCAGUAUCGUGUAAGGUGGGAAAAGACCCUGCCUGGGAGGGAGGAGGGCCGAAGCCUUGGUUAUAAUCACAAUAACCAACCAUUAGGAAAUAAUAAUAGCUAGCCAGCUUCCAGCAGGGAGCGCCAUUCGCCCCCCUGUGGGUUUCAGAGCGGCUUUCCCACCCCUGUACUGGGAGACUCCCACUGUGUCUAAGGGUCUCAAGGACGGAGGUAGAACUCUCACUGGGAGCGCAUCACGGCA